UUCAGGCAGUUUGAACACAUUCAACAUACACACACACACGUAGUCUAUAAACAAAAUGGAAAACAAAGUUCAACCGUUGUUGGAACCCAAAUCAGAAGCCAACAGAUUUCUUUGCAAAAUGGAACAUGAGGAGCCCCAUCUGACGCAACAGCUCAAGAAGCACUACGAGCUGGAGGCGGAGGUUUUGGGACUCCUUGUGAGUCUAGAGAAACAAUAUGGGGAAUACUAUGAUCGGUAUCAGUGCGAAAUGAUUGCCCAGAGGACACUCAUCGAACGGAUCUGGCUGCUGACCCAGCGCUAUCUGAUCCUGAUCAGUUCUGAACAGAGCUGUCGGUAUCCCGAGGUUUAUACCUUAUCCACAGAGGAGGCGAUUAUCAAUGAGUACGAGGAGAAACUAGAGGUAGUGCGAGCCUCCAACAAUACCUUGAAGAAUUCCUUGAUGGAAAUAAAUCAGACUUGCAAAAAGUUCUAUGCUGCCUACGAUCAACUGGACAAGACCCAGGAGACCCCGUUCAUCAUGGGCGAUAGCCUUCAUAGGAGCAUCAAGUACCACAAGAUUAUGGCCGUCGAUAUAUUCAACUAUUUGUACGCAACGGUCCUGAAACUGAAGUGCUACAUGCACCAGCUGGAUCCGGUGAAUCUGGAGAGUGUCGAGGACUACCGCGAGUUGCUCCAAAACGAAUCCCUGAUGGAAGAGUUCGACGAGUAUCUGAAGGGUCACUUCGUCUACUGCAAGUGCCUAAAACCUAUUCAAACUUGCCCUAUUCUGAAGCUAAAGUGUUCCCACAAAAACCUAGUAAAUUUAAAGUACGUCAGUCGCGCUUAAUUAAGUCAAAACAUUUAGUGAGACAAUAAAUGGAAGCCGUCUAAUAUAAAA